AUGAACGUCAAAGCAGUCUUCCAGGUCGCCAGUCUUGUACGCACCGCUACUCCUGCUCGCAAUGCAUAUGCGGGUCUGGUGUGCCAGAAGCGCUUGAUGUCAGGACAGUCGAGCGAUGCCGACCACGCCCACCGUCGUUCAUUUUCCACCACCACAGCAUCACCCUCAGUCGUAGUGGAUCAGGCUUUUGAUUAUUCUCUUCCACCACCACCACCAACCCUCCUUAAACCCCUGCCAAUGAUCGACUUUUUUGCAACCCAAAAACCUAAACCCUCUUAUUGCUUCAGUCACGGGGCAUCCGGACAUGCCAAACGUGGCAGACAGACCAAAACCAUCCAAGACAACUACUACAAGAGUCGCCAAGUAGGAGAAGAUGCCUUGUUCCUGCGCCAUGAUGCUAUUGGAGUGGCUGAUGGCGUGGGAGGAUGGUCGGAAAACACACCUGGUUCCAGUCCGGCUCUCUAUUCGCGCAAAUUGAUGCACCAUGCCUUUCUUGAAAUGGAGCGAUUUGACAACCUCGAAGAUCCUCAUUUCUGUAGACACGCCGAAGCAAACCCAGUCGAAGUCCUCCAGGCUACUUACGACCACAGCAUGCGCGAGGCACACCGCGAGAACCUCAUUGGAUCUUCUACCGCCUGUCUGGCCAUACUGCGUGCUGAUGAAGUUCGUGUAGCCAACCUUGGAGACUGCGGCAUUUCGAUCAUUCGCAACAACAGCUACAUCUUCCGCAGUGAAGAACAACAGCACUCCUUCAACUACCCUUUCCAACUCGGCACUCGUUCCAGGGACAGACCCAAGCAUGCACAGUCUUUUAACGUAAAAGUUCAAAAGGGCGACAUCAUCAUUAUGGGGUCUGACGGUCUUUUCGACAAUGUAUUCGACAGCGAAAUUCUUGCCACUGUCCGCAAACACGUUUCGUCCUAUAUCAUUCCUGGAAACGAACACAGACCUGCCCGUGUUAUGGAGUUUGAUCCUCAAGGUCUUUCUGAUGUCCUUGCCAAACAAGCAUUAGAUGCAAGCGAGGAUAAACGCCACAUUGACUCUCCAUUCCAAAGACGUGCCAUGAAUAGCGGCUUCUAUUUCCAAGGAGGAAAGGCUGAUGAUAUUAGUGUCGUUGUAGCAGUCGUCCAGGACAGCGAAGACUCUCCAGACCGUCGCCUUUAAGCAAAUCCUUACAUUCAUUCAUUCAUUCAUUCAUUCAUUCACAACAUGCAUACGUACAUUCUAUCAAUUCAUUCAUCUUCCACACUCUGAAUCUGCACUACAACAACUAUGCAGACUGUAUAUAAUUAUAGCACUAGAAUACUACUUUACUUCAUUAGACAUAAAAAAAAGAAACAUUCAUUCAUUCAUUUACUUGCAUACUUCAUAUUCAGUUUUGUCUAUCUUUACAUCAGCAAAAUAUCUACACAGACACAGACACAUUAGGCAUUUUUAUUAUUCACUUCUUUAAUGGUUUUCUUCCAAAGAAUAAAACGAUAAUACUAUAAUACAAUC